ACUGCAUGAUCCGAGCUAUAUAUAGCUGUACGCAUGGUUUGGUCAACGAGACUGACACCAAAUAUUAAGUCGAACGGUCGACUGCAGGUUAAAAAAGUAAUGUGAUUUGGAAAAAGCCGGGAAAGGAGUAUUCAGUUUUUCAAAAUGGCAGCUAUACACUUUUUUUUGAUUCUGCUUGUAGCAAGUAGUAUAUCAGCCAAGGAGGUCGGCAAAGCGAAAGUAUCUGAGCUCCUCGAGAAUGGCAUCAAGGACGCACCCGCAGGCAAGCCAGUGAAACGAGGGAUCUUCUCGUCUGGCCACGGGUACUAUGGUGGAGGUCUAUCCAGCGGCAUUGGAAUUGGAUAUGGCUCAGGGAUUGGUUACUCCUCUGGAGCUAUUUCAUCUGGGGUAGCUAUUGGAGGGGGAGGUAUCGGACUUGGAGGUGGAGUCAUUGGUGGCGGUGGAUUGAUCGGAGGAGGUGGAGGAAUAGCCGUAGGAGGACCAGCGGUAGGAGUAGGAGUAGCCGCCGGCCCCGCAGUAGUAGCAGCCGCCCCCGCAGUAGCAGUAGCAGCUGCCCCCGCUGUAGCAGUAGCCCCCGCUCAAGUCCAAACCUCCGUCUCAGUACAACCCAACCCGGUAAUCCUCCGCCAAGAAGUCCCCAGAUUCAUCACAAGGACAAUCACCCGAGACGUCCAAGUACCCGUUCAAGUACCAGUGCCAGUACCAGUUGACCGUCAAGUACCAGUGCCAGUCAGAGUACCCGUGCCAGUCCCAGUUGACAGACCGUACCCCGUCAUCCAGAAAGUACCAGUUGAGGUGACCCGACAAGUACCUGUGUACUACGAGAAGCGAGUACCUAUUCCAGUUAAGGUACCGGUGUCAGUACCAGUGCCUUACCCGGUCACAGUUGAGAAACAAGUGCCAGUUGAUCGCCCGGUGUAUGUAGACCGUCAAAUACCAGUGCCUCACCCCGUUUACGUCGAUCGCCCAGUGAAUGUGCCAGUGCCCGUGCACGUAGACAGGCCCGUGCCCGUGCCCCACCCGGUCGUAGUUGACCGGCCAGUGGCUGUCCCUCAACCUGUUGUUGUUGAGAAGCAAGUGGCCGUGCCCGCUGUUGCCGCCGUAUCAGCCGUACCAGUCUCUACCGGUGUAUCUUACGGUGGUGGAGCGGCUUACGGAGGCGGAUUGUCGUACGGAAGUGGAUUGUCGUACGGCGGCGGAGUAUCGUACGGAAGUGGAUUGUCAUACGGAAGUGGAUUAUCGUACGGCGGCGGGCUGUCUCACGGCAUCGGUCUGUCCCACGGUGGUCUUAUAGGAGGUGGAAUUUCAUCCGGAAUCAUAUCCCAUGGUAUCUCAAGUGGCCUGUCCAGCGGAUACUCUAAAAUCAUUAGCCACUAAGUUUAAUUUUCUAUGAUAGGGAACCCCAAAUGUACAAGUCAAUGAUUUAGAUUAGCUCUCGUAAUAAAUUUUAUUUGACAUUUUUUUACAAUUCGUGUAGUUUUUUGUUCAAAUUAACAAUAAUUUUACACACUCGAAAUAUUUAAUUAACAAUCUUCAAAAAGUAAAAACGUCAUGCGUUCUAAAUAUUAUAAGCUGUAUUAUACAAAUGCUCUAUAUUAUCAACUUUGUAACUAUAAUAACCUACUUAUAUACUGUGUAUAUUGGUUCUUAUAUAGUUGCUAUUAAUAAAUAAAACACCCAAGUCAUUA